CCGGAACAGGCCAAAGACUGCCCAAACAGGGUGAUUUACAACAUAACGGAGGAUGGCGGGGGGGGAGGAACCUCCAGAGACCCCCCCAUGGCCUUAAAGAAGCCCCUCCAGGGGCCACAGGCAGACCAAUAUCUUAGUGCAUAGCCUAGGUGCCUCUUACCCAGUUAACAGGUUUUGGGCCAGAAUUUGAAACUAAAUGGGAUGGCAGCUUUCCAAAGUGCUUCUGUGAUCAGAGCUGUGAAGAUGGACAAACGGAAAAGGGGCUUUGCUCCACCUGGACCACAAGGAGGUUCAGAAAGGAGUAAGGCAGCAGACAAAGACGAGGAAGCACAAUUGGACCUGUUGGCAAAAGCACAUGAGUUCUUUCAGAUCUGCGAUGUAGAAGGCAAAGGGUACAUCGCUCGCCACGAUAUGCAGAGACUUCAUGGUGAAUUACCCCUUAGCCCAGAAGAGCUGGAGAAAGUAUUUGAUACUCUGGAUGCAGAUGGCAAUGGUUCACUUACUCCAGAAGAGUUCACAACAGGAUUCAGCCAGUUUUUGUUUGGGCGGAAGUUAUCAGUUCCCAAGAUACAAGAGUGUGAAACCAUAAAUGUAUAUCAGUCCAAAUGGAAAGGAAGCAACAUGGAAGCCAAUGAGGAUGAGGAGGAAGACGAUCAGUUCUCAAAUUUUAUGGAGAGGCUUGGAGCUAACAAGAUCUUAGAAGAUGAGAGUGAUGUAAAGAAACUCUGGUCGCAGCUGAGGAAAGACGAGCCUCAUUUACUUUCCAAUUUUGAAGAGUUCCUGGCAAGAGUUUUCUCUCAGCUCCAAGAAGCCGAUAAUGAGAAGAAUGAAUUGGAGUGUGCCCUGAGAAAGAAAAUCGCUGCCUAUGAUGAAGAAAUCCAGCACCUCUAUGAGGAAAUGGAACAGCAGAUCAAAAACGAGAAAGAAAAAUUCCUCUUGAAGGACACUGAGAGGUUUCAAUCCCGAAGUCAGGAACUGGAGAAUAAACUUACAUCAAAAGAGCAGGAACUGGAACAACUUGCUCAAAAACAGAAAAGUUUGGAGGGACAGUAUAAAGAGCUGCACAAUGACAAGAAUGAGACCAAAGUAGAAAAUAGCAAACUGAAGCACACAAAUCAAGAGCUGCAGAACGAAUUGGAGAGAACAUCCCAGGAGCUAAUAAUUGCCCAGCAGCAGUUGCAACUGCUUCAGGAUGAGGCCAAAAAUCUACAAGAAGAAAAGGAAAUUGAGGUUUACACAGUGACAGAAAGUUUACAGAGAGAGAAAUCAGGACUGCUUAAGCAACUGGAUUUCUUAAGAGAAAGGAACAAGUAUCUGAGAGAUGAACGUGACAUGUGUUUACAGAAAUAUAAAAAUGCUUCAAAAGCCAGCUGGAAACAAAGGUCGGGCUCAAUCAUUGGCAAAUAUGUGGAGGGAAAAGGUUCAUUGAAGAGUCAGUCUUCAGAAGAUGAUGAUAUAUUUAAUUCUUCAAGGAGAAGAAAUUCCGUGGGUUUGAAUGGGUGUCCUUCAAUAGAUUCUGACCCUGCUGCUGGUGCAGACCUGAUGCAAAGAAAACGCCUCCAAAGGAUAAUAUCGAUUGAAGAAGAUCAUCUGCCCCAACUUCUUGACAAGUCAGGAGACAGACAGCUGCCCAAAUGGUCUGAAGAAGAUGAAAAUAUUUUGCCAGAAAUGAAAAUUGAUGGAACCCAAACAGUAUCAUCUCCUGAACAAACACCUUCCUCUCCCAGAGGACAGCCAGUAGGGAAAGAAACAGUGAGAAAUGAGGAACGGGUGUACUCUGCCCCAGACCGUUUAUUCAAGAUUAUUAUUGUGGGCAAUUCAGACGUGGGAAAGACUUCCUUUUUAAGGCGAUUCUGUGAAGACCGGUUUCCUCCAUGUGCUGUUGCUACUGUUGGUGUGGAUUACAGUGUGAAAACAGUGACUGUGGAUAACAGUCAGGUAGCGCUGCAGCUCUGGGACACUGCUGGGCAAGAAAGGUACCGCAGCAUCACCAAGCACUUCUUCAGGAAGGCCGAUGGUGUAGUCGUGAUGUAUGACAUAACAGCAAGAGACACGUUCAUAGCUGUGAAGCACUGGUUAGUGAGCAUUGAGGAGGCAACAGGGGAGAACAUUCCUGUCCUUUUGCUUGGUAAUAAAACUGAUAUUGAGAAAGAACGUGAAGUCCCCAAAGGAUUAGGAGAGCAUCUCGCCAAGGAUUACAAUUUAAUCUUCUAUGAAUGCAGUGCCUUGUCCAGUCACAACACCAAUGAGUCUUUACUUCACUUGGCUAGGCUCUUAAAAGAACAAGAAGACAAAGUGAAGGAAAGGACCGUUCAGCUGCAUCAUGACUCUAAGAAAAAGGCUUGUUGUUCCAGGCAGUAGGGGGCAUGCAUGCUCAUAAAGACUUUUAGGCUGCAGUUCUAAACUUACUCAGGAGUAAGCCCCAUUGGAUACAAUGGGACUUACUUGUGAGUAGAUAUGCAUAGGCUCACACUGUUUAUCAUUUUCCCUUUACCUACAAUAUCUCACCUGCCUCACACUACAGUAUAUUGGAUGAUGUUUACAGGCAUUAGGCAUAUACUGGGUUCCACGUAAUGUUAGCAAACACACUAUCUCCAUUACUCUUCUUGCUCUCUCCUUGCAAAACUGAAAAGCUUUUGAGUGGCGAUAGGGAUGCUUACCACCUGCAUUGGUAUAAUUCCUCUAAAGUCCAUGGGAACUACAACAGUGCUGCCAUCGGCUUUACAUCCGUGCUGCAGAGUGGAAUUAGACAUGGUCAUGUGGCUGCAAUGGUUCUGUUAGCGCGGCCCAAAAUCACAUUAGCCUUUUUUGCUGUUGCAUCACAUUGCUGACUCUUGCUUAGCUUGUGCUCACCUGCAGACCUGAGAUGCUUUUCACAUGUACUACUACUACUGCCAAGUCAGGUAUUCCCCUUCCCCUCCCUGUUUUGCCUUUUCCCUGUUUUGAAUAACUUAGUGAAUAACAGCACUUGGUCCCAGUCAAGCUAGUGGAGUAGGCCAUGCUGUUUUCCCUCUCCCUCUAGCAGCACCUGGGAGAGACAGGAGAAGGAGACCCAGGGCUGCUGUUUUUGGCGCCAACCACACAUUGGUUAUAAUAUCUUGUUCCAGCCUUAGAUCAUUCUUGAAUGAUCCUUGGCUGACAUACUGUGCAACAUUACAUGUGCCAUGCAAUAUGACAGUUGUGCAGUUGCACAAGCGCCAUGUUGCACAAUUAGCAAGAAUUGCAAGAACACAUUUGCACAAUUCUUACAUUUAGUGCAACAGUACUCUUUCACAGCUGCUCAAAUGUUAUGUGCAAAGCACAUGUAAUGUUGUACAGAAUAUCAGCUUUUAUCUUUGCAAGACACGCCACUGGCUUUAAGGUUACCCAUUAAAUCAGUUACAGUUUGAAGAAUUCGGUCUGUAGUUUUGACACUUCUGCUCUUGCUUCAGUACUUUCUUCUUCAUUAAAAAAAGCCAUUCACAUUACCUAUAUUUUAAGAGCAAUCCUAGGAAGCACAAAAUAAAUGCUAAGUUUAACAGAUCUGAAUGCAGGAAAACUGAAAGAAAUGCAAAGGCCAGAUUCCCAUGAAAAGAAUUCCUCCACAACAGUGUUUGCAGAUGGAGGGAAAUCCUCCUCAAUAUAGGGGGGAGUUGUCAGAAAGUGAAAAAGAGGGGACUUUCUUUUAUGAAGAGAUUAAUUUUGCAGAAAACAACAGGAAACCGCUUGGUUUGGGUAGUUUUGUGGUUCUGUGAUUCUGCUGUUUCUGGAAGCGGGGGGAGUAGUCGAGGUUGCUUCAGGCAGCUGUCCUGCUUCGCCAGGCAUUGCAGCUGGUAAAGUUUGCAAGCCAAACACAUUGGUACCUCUGUUUUCAAAUGUAUAUUUUGAAUGAGGAGAUGGAAUUUCUUCUCAAAACUCAUUUUGUUAGAACAAUAGACAGACUCUCCACUCUGUUAUUAAAAUUAUUGUUUAUACAGUAUAUGUUUAUUUAUUGUAAAAUGGAGAUGUUUUUAAAAAGUAUAACUGGAUGAAUAUAUUUGAAAUCAUUUCAAUAGGAGAAGGGGAAAGCAAGAGGUUUAGAUUUUUUAUGACAAGGACCACGCAAGAACACUAGUUCUGUAUGUAGCGUAUUUUAUUUUUAAAAUAAAUUGUCCAAAAGUUAA